AUGCGACAUCCCUGCACCGAGGGCAGCAUCACGAGGAGCUGCUCUUCGCUGCUCUUCCUCGCCUUGGUGGCCGCCGUCUGCCUCGGCCUCAACCUCCUCUUCCUCACCGCCUACCUGAUCUGCCUGUGCUGCUGCAAGCGGGAUGCGGAGCCCCAGAGCAAGCGGCCCGACUCCUGCUGCGUCACCUGGACGGCCGUGGUGGCCGGGCUCGUGUGCUGCGCGGCCGUCGGCGCCGGCUUCUACGGCAACAGCGAGGCCAACGACGGCGUCUACCAGCUGCUCUACGCGCUGGACAGCGCCAACCACACCCUGAGCGCCAUCGACGCCCUGGUAGGGACGGGCACGCGCUGGCUCGCCUACCUGCUCUUCUUCAUCCUGGUGCUCGCCGUGUGCCUGCUCGCCUGCCUGGCGCUGGCCAAGCGCUCCCGCUGCCUGCUCAGCACGAUGCUCUGCUGCGGCCUCCUCACCCUCAUCCUCAGCUGGGCAUCCGCGGCCGUGGACCUGGCAGCGGCCGUGGGCACCAGCGACUUCUGCGUGGCCCCUGACAAGUUCCUGUUGAACGUGACGGAGAGCGAGCUGAGCACGGAGGUGCUGCACUACUACGUGUACUGCGAGCAGAGCCGCAGCAGCCCCUUCCAGCAGGCGCUCACCGUCCUCCAGCGCUCGCUCACCACCAUGCAGACGCAGACGCAGGCGCUGGUGCAGCUGGCGCUGCCGCAAUUCCCCGCGGCCGAGCCGGAGCUGCUGGCGGCGCAGCGGCUCCUCAACGCGUCCGAGAGCAGCCUGCAGCGCCUCACCGCCCUGCUCGACUGCCGCGGGCUGCACAAGGACUACCUGGACGCGCUCCUGGGCGUCUGCUACGACGGCGUGGAGGGCCUGCUCUACCUGCUGCUCUUCUCGCUGCUCGUCGCCGCCGCCUUCUCCACGGUCACCUGCGCCGCGCCGCGCGCUUGGAGGCACCUGGCGCCCAGGGAGCGCCGCUACGAUGACAUGGCCGAGGAGGACCCCUUCAACCCGCAGGCGCGCCGCAUCGCCGCGCACAACCCCGCGCGCGGGCAGCUCCGCAGCUUCUGCAGCUACAGCAGCAGCCUGGGCAGCCAGAGCAGCCUGCACCCGCCCGCGCAGACCAUCUCCAACGCGCCCGUGUCCGAGUACAUGAACCAAGCGGCGCUCUUCGGCGGGAACCCGCGCUACGAGAACGUGCCGCUCAUCGGCCGCGGCUCGCCGCCCCCCACGUACUCGCCCAGCAUGCGGGCCACCUACCUCUCCGUGGGCGAGGAGCGCGCGCGGCGCGGCGGCGCCGAGCCCCGGCCGUAG